AGCGGUAGAGUCUGCAUACAAAACGUGCAUACUCUUUUUUAUAUUAUAACGGAUUCCGAAUUUUUUUUCCUGAAAUCAGAAUAAGAGAGAGUAAAGAGAGAUUAUCAAAACAACGAAAACGGAAGAUCAGUAUGUGUCGACCAAGCAUAGGAUGUUAAACGGCCAAGGCAAGGCAUGACAUCAUCAAAGACACGUAAGAGAAAAGAAACCCCACUGACGUCAACUAAGAAACCCCCACGUGUCUCUCCUGCUCUCUCACCGUUGCAUGAAGCAGACAGAACCUGCAACUGCCUCGUGUUCCUCCCCAAAGACCAGUUACUAACACACACGUCCCUAAAUCAUCUCGAACAACCAAAGACUCCAAUUAACAUUGUCACAAAACCUUGCAUGUAGUAAAAAAAGAAGAUAGGUGUAGGCACGCAUGACGUCCUGCAGCAACACGCGUUGCAGUGAUAGCCUUUGUGAUUGGUGAACCGAACCAUAUCCCACAGUAUAUCUGUUUUGUAAGAAUGGCACAUUAAACGUGUCCCUAUCCCCAACUCUCUCUAACACGUACCCAUCCUUUUCUCUCCAUAUGUCCUUCUUCCUUAAAUAUUCGCCUCUCUCUUAUUGGCUCUUCACUCUCCUUAUUAUAACCUUACUUCUCUUUGUUCUCUCAACAUCUCUCGUCUUCUUUCUUCUUCUUGUAGUGAUUUUUGAAUUUUUUUACACCAUGAUAAAGAUACUUAGCUCUCAUAACUCGCACCAUUCUCACUCAACCACCACAACUCUUAAAACAGCCGAGAUCUUGUCCAAAUAUAGACCCAUUGCUCCUAGGCCUGGGACGAACCAACUAAACGACAAUGAAUCUUCUUCUUCUUCUUAUAUGUCUCACAAGAUCAGCCAAUCUCCUUACCUUCGUCACCUCUGGCCACAGCUUCAAGCUCGUCCUACGAGAACCCGCAAGCGAGGGAGAGGCGGGAUGGGUCCAACGUCUCAUCUCUCGUUGAAGAGACCCAAGUCAUUAGCUACGUCUGCCAAAACUCCUACACAGCGGGUGUUUCGCCCUAUUAAAACGCUGGCGUUUCAGGCUUUCUCUCAUGCGGGGCUACCUAACCUUACUACACAAGUUGGCUACGCCUUGGAGAAUGGUGGAUCUCCUGCUUUGGUGACUCUGCCUCUUCUUCAAUGCCCUCCUCUUUCCUCCAAAUGCAUGGAGCCAGAGAUCAAAGUAAAGGGUCUGAUUGAUCUGAACAAGAGCCUAGAGACGAUACAAGAGAGAGACUUCUUGACGCAGCUACAAGGACCCAUCACAACAACAACAAAGACAGCAGCAGCAGCAAGCAGAGUCAUAACUCCACAACCCAUAAGACCGGUGUGCUCAAGAAUCAACGUAGCAUGCAUAAACCCACUAAGCAACCCAUCUCAAAUCAGCAAGAAAUCACCACAAGAGGUGGAAGAAGAAGUUGAAUCCGAUGUGCUGCCCGCUAUAAUCUCCGAUUCAAACAACAAGGUCAAGCUGGUGAACUCGGCAUACAAGGAGAUGAUGGGGCAACCAGAGUGCUCGUGGCUAGAUUCAAUGGUGAAAGUGAAGAGGAUGUGUGGUGAAGUGGUGAUACAAUUCUGUGAAUCCAAGAUUUCAGAGAAUAAUAAUGGCUAUUCAUGCUGGGUGAAGAUAGAGUGGGGAAGAGACGGUAAGGAGGAGCUUGUGCAUGCGUUCUGCGAUGUAAUGAAACGUGAGUGCGACUCCAAGGAUUAUGUCUUUACGUGGAGGUUUCACAUAACCGCCAAAGAAACUUGUCAGCCAAGCUACAAUGCUUAGUUAGGUUUUGGAGUAUCCGUGUUGUAAUGCUUUAGCCUAAUGAUAUAUAUAAUAUAUCCAAUAUUAAAUAUCGUUUAGUGGUACUCUUCUCUUGUAAAUACACUAUGAAGAACAGCAAGUUACUCCUUAUUUAUGAAUGGUUUCAUCUAAGGAAGUGCA